AUGUUCAACAUGCGCCGGCUCCUGGUCAGCGCCCUGCUGCUGGUGGGCCUGAGUAUGGUCUGCUUCGCCCAGACGGCCGACGCCACCAAGGGCCCCAAGAUCACCCACAAGGUCUACUUCGACAUCACCCAUGGCGACGAGCCCGUCGGCCGUAUCGUCAUUGGCCUGUACGGGAAGACCGUUCCCAAGACCGUCGAGAACUUCCGUGCUCUGGCUACUGGCGAGAAGGGUUUCGGUUACCAAGGUUCCACCUUCCACCGUGUCAUCAAGGAAUUCAUGAUCCAGGGUGGAGACUUCACCAAGGGUGACGGCACUGGGGGCAAGUCCAUCUACGGCGAGAAGUUCCCCGACGAGAACUUCAAGCUCAAGCACACCAAGCCCGGUAUUCUGUCCAUGGCCAAUGCUGGCAAGGACACCAACGGCUCUCAAUUCUUCAUCACCACCAUCGUCACCUCGUGGCUCGACGGCAGACACGUCGUAUUCGGCGAGGUCCUUGAGGGCAUGGACAUCGUCACGAAGAUUGAGAACGUCAAGACCAAGCCCGGCGACAAGCCGGAGCAGGUGGUCAAGAUUGCCGAGAGCGGAGAGCUCCCAGUGCCGCCCGAAGCCCUCCUCUUCAGCGUCAUCCUGGCCGCGGUGGCUGUCUACAUUCGCCUGUCUAAACGAAAUUACGAACCGGUUCACGAGAAGACGUUGGCGUGCAAGAGCUCGUCGGCCUCGUACCCGCUGCACCCCAAGGACGCAGAGCUGGCGCGCGAUGACGUCCAGGUCAACGCCCGGCUGCUCGUCAACCUGCUGCCCCGGCUCGACUGGGCCGCGCUGACGACGACCGCCCAGGAGCUCGGCUUCCCCCCGCUGCCGCCGGCGGCGCCGUCCGCCGAGGAGCUCCAGAGCAACGAGAAGGCACUGCGAGACCUGCACUCGCUACUGAUAGAGACUCAGAUCGUCGAGGGCAAACUCGUCUGCGCCAACUGCGGCCAUGAGUACACUGUCCGCGAGGGCGUCGCCAACUUCCUGCUACCCAGCCACCUUGUGUGAGCGGACCUGGGAAAACAUGCCAGCGGGCCUUUUCUCGUCGAUUAGCCGGCUAGAUGGCGGACUCGACUGAGCUGAGUUAGAUUCUCCUGGGGGAUAGAGAGGGUAGGGUGGAAGGACAAAACCGAGGAGAGGCUUCACAAGAAAAGGGAGAGGGAACGUAAGAAGGUAGAGAAGAGGGGAAAGCGAGGGUGGGGAGGUGCUCAGGAGGUCCAGAAAUAAGUAAAGACCUACAGGUAGGAGAACGGCGUUCAGGAGUCAGGCGGACGGGGCAUAUGUGCAAAACCACAUGAAACACCAUACUUAUCCUACGCAGGCCUAUAUUUCUGCCUUAACAUGGUUAUGUGCGAUCUGGAAGAAGAGCUAGCCUAGAGAGAGAUCGAAACCUGGAAAACAAGCCAGCUCUACUUCCAUAUGUAGAUCUACAAUUUUCGAGUCAACAAAACGCUACUGUUAUGCUUGCUGUAUCUGCGAGUGGGUGAGCGCGUAU